AUGGACGUGGCGGACAAAGACGGCCACUUCCGCCGCAAAGCCUCCGCCUUCCGCUCCUUCAUCUCCUCCAGCCCCGACUCCCCCUUCCCACCCGAAAAAGACCGCUACGUCCUCUACCUCAACACCGGCUGCCCCUGGGCGCAUCGCACCAACAUCGUCCGCUCGCUCAAAGGCCUCGAGUCCAUCAUCCAACUCGUCACAAUGGACUACACCAUGGGACCCGACGGGUGGAUCUUCAACCCCGACCGGCCCGGCACAGAUCCCAAGGACCCGUUGUAUGGCUUUACAAAGCUGAAGGAGUUGUAUUUGAAGGCUGAGCCGGAGUAUGAGGGUAGGAUUCUGGUGCCGUGUUUGUGGGAUAAGAAGAAGGAGACGGUGGUCAAUAAUGAGAGUUCGGAGAUUAUUCGGAUGUUGUAUUCGGAGUUUGAUGAGCUUUUGCCGGAGGAGUUGAGGGAGGUGAAUAAGCCGGAUGGUGGGUUGUUGCCGGAGAAGUUGAGGGGCCAGAUUGAGGAGAUGAAUGAGUGGGUUUAUGACACUAUCAAUAAUGGCGUGUACAAAACUGGUUUCGCGCAAGCCCAAGACGCCUACGAGACGAAUGUCAAGAAGCUCUUCGAGAAUCUCGACCGGAUGGAGAAGAUCGUGUCCGAGAGCAAAGGCCCGUUCAUAUUCGGCGAGCAUCUGACGGAAGCAGAUAUCAGGCUCUACACCACAAUCGUCCGUUUCGACCCCGGCUACCACACCCUCUUCAAAUGCAACCUCAAGAUGAUCCGCCACGACUACCCCAACCUUCACAAAUGGCUGCUGCAUAUCUACUGGGAUCUGUCUCCAAAGGAGACAAGGGGAGCGUUCAAGAGCACGACCGACUUUGCGGCGGUAUGUGAAGCGUCCCUUGUGAACGGAAGCGCAGUGUGCUGUUCAGUACUGACGAUGGGUUUUGAACAGAUCAAGACGGGCUACGCGGCUGCCUCGCGCAGUAAGGUUGUCCCGCUGGGACCGGUGCCGGAUAUCAUGCCUAAGCCGCAGCUGUAG